CACUUACAUUUUCAGUUAGCCAUUCGCCUCUCUCUUGUGCAUGUAAGAGAGGAGUGUGUCCAGUGUCUGUCUGGCCAAGCUCCUCGGAUUCUAGUAGGUGGUUUUAAGUGAAUAGUUUGGAAAUCUUAAUAAAACCAUUUCAACAAAGACGAUGAGUUCCCUGCAACAUGUGAAUCCCAGGGUGAGGGGGAUCAGAGUCUCACCACACAGUGGACUGCAGAGUCUGGCUGCGCACAUCACACAAGAGAUCACACUGGGGGCGCAGAAACCCUUCAAAGCGGUGAUUGAUGUCAGCUCAGGUGACCCCCACAAAGCAGGAAUGAAACCCAUCUCAUUUGUUCGCCAGGUCUUGGCAGUAUGUCUGUACCCUCAGCUGCUGAAAGACAAAAAUCUUCCUCUGGAUGUCAGUCUGAGGGCUCAGAGGCUCCUGGAGGUCUGUGAUGGAGGAAGUGUGGGUUCCUAUACAGCCUCCUCUGGCAUGCCUCAUGUCAAGCAAAGCAUCGCUGAGUUCAUCAUGGGUCGAGACGCUGGAGUGCCUUCAUACGCCAAAGACAUCUUCAUUUCUGCUGGUUCUCAAAGGGCCCUGAUGGUGGUUGCAAAGCUGAUGGCCAGUGGGGAGGGGGGGACUCGGACAGGUGUGUUGACCCCCAUGCCCUGCCCACACACCUUGCCCACACUGCUGGAUGAGGCCGGAUUGACAGUGGUGCCGUACCAGCUGAUGGAGGACCGAGGCUGGGCUGUAGACCUGGGCGAGCUGCACCGAGCUUUGAGGACUGCUAAGGGGCGCUGCAAACCCAGAGCCAUUUACAUCAGCAACCCAGGAAACCCCACGGGUUAUGUGCAGGACAGGAAAUCAAUAGAGGAAGUGAUUCAUUUUGCAGCAGUUGAGAGACUCUUACUGUUGGUUGAUGAGGUGUACCAGGACAGCGUGUAUGGACAGGGCACAGAGUUUAUUUCCUAUAAGAAAGUCCUGUUUGAGAUGGACACAGAGUACUCAGAGACAGUGGAGUUGGUCUCCUUUCACUCUCUAUCCAGCGCCUGCAUGGGAGAGUGUGGUCUGAGGGCAGGAUACAUGGAGCUGGUCAACAUGGACCCAGAGGUGAUGCAUUUUGUUGACACUAUGCUGUGUACUGAUAUCAGUACUCCGGUCACAGGACAGCUUGCUCUGGAUCUCAUGGUCAACCCACCAAAACCUGGAGACCCUUCCUAUGACGCAUACACACAGGAGAUUCUCCUCACUCGGGCCACUUUGUCCCAGAAUGCUCAGCGGGCUCGGGAGUUCCUGAAUGAUCUGCCAGGGAUGAGCUGUCAGCCAGUGAUGGGGGGAAUCUACCUUUAUCCUCGCCUGCAUUCACCAUCAGAGAUUAUAGAGCAGGCAGAGAUAUUAGAGGUGGAGGCAGAUGUUCUCUACUGUCAGAGGUUGCUGGAGGAAGAAGGUGUGUUUGUAGGAGCAGGAUGUCAGUAUGGUGAAACAACUGGCAACCAUCAUCUAAGGUUAUGUGUCCUUGUUCCUCCUGACACCCUGCAGGAGGUCCUGGCUCGCCUCGGUUCCUUUCACCUUCGCCUCUUGGACGCACUUCCUCACCCUGACACAGGGGUGUCAUUUUCUCUUUAUACAUCCAUGCUUCGUGCGUCACUGAGCAACGUUCAUAGGAAUGAACGGGGCCCCACCUCCGAUGCUGUAUCCAGUUCUCUUUAUACAUCCAUGCCCUAGAGCUAUGUGCUUGCGUGGUUAAAAACAGAUUCACUAACAUGAGCACUUCCACAUUUCAGUGAGAUACUUGAAGAGCCUGCUCCUCCAGCCUCCGGCUCUGUUUGGCUCUGUGCUCCUGUGUAAAUUUGCUGCAACAGAAAAAUUCCAGUCAGUUAUCCGAGUCAAACAUCUAAGUGAUGUUACAAACAGACAUGUUUUGUCUAUUUUUCAACAAUCUGGAGGCCGAAUUAAAACCACACGUUCUUUUUUUAAUCAUAGGUGAUGCCAGAGAUUUACAUUGAAGGCAGCAUGUUUUGUUGAAUAAAUGGAGUUAUUUGAA